ACACACGUUCGAAGGCAGCGAUUCAAUUUGGAUUGUAAAUUGUAAAUUGUUAAUGAAAAUGUUUCGCAAACAAUUUGUGCACCUGUCGCGUGUCUCGACUCACCUGCAACGCAAUGCAAUAGCCCCCUGCAUUGCCAGUCCUGCAGCUGAGAUGUCAACAAAUGUGGCGCCGGCUGCUGCAGAUACUUCUUCUGCCGCAACGAAUGAGUUUCGCACUGGUGUAACUAAUCCCGGCGAGCACUCAGAGCUGCAUGUGGCCAAGUUCUAUACGAUACCCGUUGAGGAGAAGAAACAAAUUUUCAGUGGCGGCGGCCUGCCAAAGCAAUACGAGCAACAGAUCAAAACAUUCACCGAGGCCUGCUUGAUGGUCAGAUCUCCAGCACUGGAGCUGCUGCAGUACAUCAAGAAUGCGGAUCUGACGAACCCAGCGGUCCGUUACGUUCUCUAUGGUGACAAUGGUGUGGGCAAAACUCUGACUAUGGCGCAUGUGUUGCAUUAUGGUGCACUGAAUGAGUUUCUGUUGGUGCAUGUGCCCUGGGCACCCAACUGGAUGAAGCGACCCAAGGAGGCGGCCAAUUCAGCGAGCCAAGAGGGCUUCAUUGAUCUUCCAUUCGAUGCGGCCGCUUGGUUGGUGCACUUCAAGACGCAAAACGCCAAAUUGCUCGGCAAACUGCAGCUUAAAACCAGCAAGGAAUAUGUGUGGAGUAAGCGUGAGAGCACGCCAGCAGGAGCUCCACUAAUGGAACUGGUGGAGCAUGGCAUUGCACGCAUUAAGUAUGCAUCGGAGACAACAGCGGCGCUACUCGCGGAACUGAAGCAGCUUGCCAGUGCCCGGCAGUGUAAGAUAAUGGUGGCCAUCGAUGGAUUCAAUGCAUUCUUUCAUCCCAUUACCCGCAUCUUUUCCGACAACAAGCAGCGUGUGACGCCGGAGCGGAUCACGCUGACGCAGCCCUUCCUCGACAUCACCAACUACGACUGGACGAAUGGUGUGUGUGUUCUGUCCGUGGAUAAAAUAGCGAUGACCGAAGGAUAUAUGGCUUCGUAUAUGCCACGCUAUCUGCUUGGCAAGGAUGGCUUCGAGCAUUUGGAUCCCUUUGUGCCCGUCCAUGUCGGCAACUACACGGACAAGGAGUUCUUAAGCUACAUCAAUUAUUAUUUGGAUCGCCACUGGAUCUCGAGAGCGCAACCAGGCUUCGAGGAGCAACUUAAAUUUAUGAGCAAUAUGAAUCCUUACACGCUAAUGCAACUUGUCAGAGGCUUGUAAACUAACUAGAUCAUCAAUCCAGCUCUGUUUUUAGUUUGUAAAAAGUUAAUUAAAUUAAAUAAAGGAUUUCAAAAUA